AUGGCAAACGCGAACGUCGCCCAGCGUCUCCAGAAGGAGCUCAUGGACAUUAUGACCAAGCCCACACCCGGCAUAACCGCCUUUCCCGACGACGAAAACAUGACCGUGUGGACUGCCACCAUCGACGGCCCGGUCGACACACCUUACGCCAACCUCGUCUUCAAGCUGUCCAUGGAGUUCGCCAGCAACUACCCCUACAGCCCGCCGACCGUCCUCUACAAGACGCCCAUCUACCACCCCAAUGUCGACUUCUCGGGCCGUAUCUGCUUGGACAUCUUGAAGGACAAGUGGAGCGCCAUCUACAACAUCACGACUGUAUUGCUGAGUCUCCAGAGUCUGUUGGGGGAGCCAAACAACUCAAGUCCGCUCAACGGUCAGGCCGCAGAGCUCUGGGACAAAGACCCCGCCGAAUACAAGCGCCUCGUUCUUGCACGCCACAAGGCACCUGAGGAACUGGACGCCUGA